AUGUUUCUUCCUAUCCCCCAAAGAGUUGGCGGGCUUCUUCUCUUCCGACCCACGUUUAAACUAUCAAGGUCUUCCCUUGUGUGGAUUCCGCAUAUUCAUGCCAUACAGGAAUCUGAAGACCCCUCCACCUCUUACACUCGUAUUCUUCAGUGUCAUGCAAGUUCCAGAGAGGUUGAGCAGAUUCAUGCUCGAAUCAUCAUCGAAGGAUCCUCUUGGGACAGUUUCUACGCCACCCACCUCGUCAAAUCCUACGCUAAGGCGGGAAAUCUUCAUGCAGCCCAUCUCGUUUUUGAAUUGGUUCCUAAGAAGACCGUCUUCCUCUGGAACGCAAUGAUACGGGCUUUUAGUCAAAGCCAAUCGUGGUCAAAGAUUGCUCAACUGUAUAGGAGGAUGGAGGAGGAGAGACUUGAUCCUGAUGGUUACACUCUUCCCUUUGUGAUCAAAGCAUUUUCGGCUCUUUUCUGUGUUGAAGAGGGGAAGAGAAUUCACAGUCUUGCAUGUCGAGCUGGGUUGGUCAAUAAUGUCUAUGUAGCCACUGCUUUGAUAGAAAUGUAUGUUACGUUCGACGAAAUUGGUAACGCACGUUUAGUAUUCGAUAGAAUGCUUGAAAGGGAUGUUGUCGCGUGGACUUCCAUGAUUUCUGGUUAUAUUGAUUGUGGAAACCAUCGUGAGUCUCUACGCCUUUUCAGAGAGAUGAGAUUGGGAACUGAGAAGCCAAACCGGGUCACUAUUCUCACUUUGAUCCCAGCUUGUGAUAGCUGGAUUCAUGCUUUUGUAAUAAAGUCAGGCUUGGGUUUCUCUCCGGAGGUGGAGACCGCAAUCCUCGAUAUGUAUGCGAAAGGUGGGGAUGUUGCGGCUGCUCGUAGUUUGUUUGACAACAUGGCGGAAAAGAGUUUAGUUUCAUGGACGGCAAUGCUGAGUGGAUAUUCACGAAAUGGAUACGCUCAUGAGGCUCUUUUGCUAUUCUGUGAAAUGCUUAAAGCAGCUGAUGUGAAGCCAGAUGCCAUUGUCGCUACGAGCGUUCUUCAAGCAUGUGCGCAACUGGGCUAUCUGAGAUGUGGAGAGAUUAUUCAUGGCUACAUUAUUCGAGUUGGGCCUCAACCACAACUAUUGGCUGAAACCGGUUUGAUUGACAUGUACGCAAAAUGUGGAAACAUAAAGGCAGCGCAAGUGAUUUUUGAUGGGAUUCAAGAUCCAAAUAUGAUCGCAUGGAGUGCUUUGAUUGCCGGGUAUGGUCACCACGGACUUGGUUCUAAGGCUCUUAAUCUGUUCGAGAAGAUGAAGCGGCAGGGGUUUGUCCCUGAUGAAACCGCCUUCCUAAGCAUACUAUCUGCUUGUAGUCACUCGGGUCUUGUUCGUGAAGGGAAGGAGUGUUUCGACUCCAUGUUGCGAGAAUGGAAUAUGAUGCCAAACACGAAGCAUUAUGCUUGCAUGGUUGACCUUCUUGGUCGAGCUGGCUUGCUGGACGAGGCAUGGAAUCUUAUAAAAAGGAUGGAGAUUUCACCGGACACGAAUGUCUGGGGAGCACUGCUCUCUGCUUGCAGGGUUCAAGGGAAUGUUGAAGCUGCCGAGUUUGCAUGUCGAAAGUUGAUUGAGCUUGAACCUUAUGAUAAAGACUACAUUUUGCUUCUGGCCAACGUAUACGCAGGCAAUCAGAGAUGGGAUGAAUUGUCCAAGGUAAAAUCAGUUUUGUGGAAGGAAGAGAAGAGAACACCAGGGUGCAGCUUUAUUGAAGUGACGUGCAAGAGUAGAGGAGAUUUGCCAGAUUAA